AUGCAGAGUUUUCAAAUAAAAAGAAAAAUAUAGCUUAUUAAAUAUAAUUUAUUUUUUGCAUCUGAAACAUCUUUUUGUGUGGAUUUAGAUUAAUAUAUUAGGCAAGAGAAGAUAGCAAUAAAAUUAAAUAAAAAAAUAACACUCUAGUAACUUUUACAAAGAGAAUAAAAAUAGUACAUAGGUUAUUGUCAAGAUAUGGAAAUAGAAUAAUUAAGACCAUACUAAGUGGAUUAUGAUAAAUUCAAGACCCACUUCGAGUUUAUCGAGAAUGGCACAAGUAUAGCAUUUGGAGAUUAUAAAGUAAUGAAAAAUGUAGAAACUGGGCAAUUAGUCUUAAUUAAGCCUUAGGAAACCAACUCUUUACAAGAGACUGAAGAACUUUUAACCACUAUUCAAGAUAUCAAUAUUAGACUUAAUUAGUGUCCUUACUUCCUUUAGUUUUUAGGCUUUACUGAAGUUCCUCCUGAGGAUCGUAUUACAGAACUAAAUUCUUCAGGUCGUAAAUUAAACUAAAGUGUAGAUUAAAAUUUGAUAUACUUAGUUUUCGAGUAUUUUAAAGAUACAAUUGAAUAACUUUGGCCAACCAUUUCCCGUUCAGGAGAAGAAAAAGUUGAAGAAUUAUUAAAGCGAUUGUCUGUUUCUAUGACUUAGAGUUUCGCAACUUUAGAACUGAUAGGACAAGCUCAUACAGAUGUCUCUUUAUAGAAUAUAAUAUGCUAUAAAAGCGAGACUGAUGGAUUACAUCAUUUUAAAUUAAUAUAUUCUUAAUAUACAACCUCAGCUUUCAGACAGGUUAUGGAUUUUCAAUAAAAUUAAAGCAAUUACUUUUUGGCUCCAGAAAUAAGAGAAAAAUUAGAUAGCAAAGUUAGAUCAUCAACAGGGUUAGACCCAUAAAAGAUUGAUGUAUACGCUUUUGGAUAGAUGGUUUUAUUUUUAGCUAAUUUUAAAGAUGAAUCAUUAGAUAUGAAUAUGAAACAAAACUUAAGAGAUCCUGCAUUUAUAACAAAAUUGCUUAGCUUCGUUAAGAAUAAUUAUUCACAUGAGUUUUAUUACUUAAUUAACUAGAUGAUAGAUAAUGACAAUCAUAAGCGUCCAACAUUCUAGAUGAUUUCUUUUAGACUAUAGCAUAUUAACUUUUAUAAAACUGCUGACGACCGUAAUUGGGGAACAAAUUAUUCUAAUUAGGGUAACGGAAGUAAUAGUAAAGUAAUUAGCCCUUAGCUUCAAAGUUAGUUAAAUCAUUUAGAGAAAAAGCCUUUAAUAGAGCGUGCUCAAGAAAUUAGAUAGGAAAUUUUCUCUACAAAAAGAAAUUUAAAUGGCGAAAAUAAUCAUUUACCUUAUCGUAGACAUGAUAGAAGCGUAUCCCAUAACUAGAAUAUCAGUAAUUAUAAUGGUGCCAGUAAAUAUGGAAACGGUUCUCAAAUUUCUUAUUUCACACCUGGUAGAUUAAAUCAUCAGAAAAAAACGAGCAAUCAAUUAACUCCUGGAAGUCAGUAAAGAUUCAGUUACAGUCCUGUAAGUCAUAGUCCUUAUCAACGUAGAAUAAAUAAUGUUUCUGUUCAUCCUAAUUAAGCAGGCAGCAAUAUCUACCAAAGCCAAUAUGGUCAUGGAUUUCGUACUGAUAAUUAGUCUAAUUAUAGUCGUUAAUCUCCUUAUAAUAACUAAAGCAAGAGUAAAAUGUAUAAUUAAGAACUUUACAACUAGGAAUUCUUUGAGAAGAUGUUGUAGGAAUUAGAAAAAAGCUUGAUAAUAGAUGAUAAUUUAAAUUUAAAGACUGACGUAGUGCGUAAAGAAUACCAAGAUGGAUCUGUCUAUAUUGGAGAAAUAGGAUUUAAUGAAUUGGGAUAAGAAGUCAGAUAAGGAAAAGGUAUAUAUUAUUAUAAAAAUUUUGACGGUAAUAAAAUAUACACCUAGCUUAUUCCUUUAUCUUAGUUCGGGGAAGUUUAUGCUGGGGAUUGGAAAAAUAAUUUAUUUGAUGGAAAUGGUGUUUAUUUGUUCUCUUCUGGGGAGCGUUAUGAAGGGCAACUCCAAGAGGGUUAGAAAAGUGGUAAAGGUACUUAUUUCUACUCUAAUGGAAACUAAUAUGAAGGCGACUGGUACGAUGACAUGAAGAAUGGGUAUGGACAUUUUUACUUUAAUAACAUCGGAGAAAGAUACGAAGGUGAAUUUUAAAAUGGUUAACGUCAUGGUCAUGGCACAUAUGUUUUUUCAAAUGGAGAUAUAUUUAUUGGAUAAUGGUAUUUUGGUGAAAAAAAUGGAAAAGGAGAAGUAUAAUUUGUUGAUGGAUCUAAGUUUGAAGGAGAGUGGAAAGCAAACUAACCUAAUGGUUAUGGCAAAAUGUUAUACCAAAAUGGUGAUAUUUAUGAAGGAAAUUUCACAUGUGGUAUCAAAGAAGGAGAAGGAAUAUACAUCCACAAAAUGGCAAAUUCCAAGUAUUAAGGAACUUUUAAAGUAGAUGAGCCAUAAGGAUAUGGUUAAUUCCUUUAUGCUAACAAUGAUGUGUAUGAAGGUGAAAUUAAAAGUGGGUAAAGACAUGGAAGAGGAGUUUACACUUAUAUUAAUGGUGAUAAAUAUGAAGGAGAGUGGAAGUUUGACAAAAAAAGUGGAUAUGGUGUCUUUUCUUUUUCUGAUGGUUCUUUGUAUGAAGGAUAAUGGAGUAUGGGACAGAUAAAAGGUCAAGGCUAAAUGCAAUAUGGCAACGGAGACUAUUAUAAGGGAGAAUGGCUAAAAGAUAAAAAGCACGGAAAGGGAUACUAUAAAUGGGCCACAGGCGACUCUUACAAAGGAGACUGGAGAAAUGAUAAAAUGAAUGGUAAAGGUAUUUUCAUUUCUAGAACAGGUCAAACCUUCUCUGGAAUGUGGAAUGAUAAUAAAUUGGUUGCUAAGAUUUGA